AUGGCCGGCCCCUCGGUUCCUGGUCGUGCUGUGGAUGACGACCUCAGCCCUGACACGGCAGCCACGGAACCCACGAGCAUCAUUACUCCAGAAGCAGACGAACCAAUCAUGACGCUCAACGCUGUCGAGGCUCUCUUCCGGGGAAGCCAGCAACAUCUGUUCGCAACUAACCCGGAAGAAGACGACGAGGUCGCUCUCCCUGAUGAGGAGUUCUCCCGCCGAGUGGAACAGCUCAGCCCAGUGCUCUCAACACUCCGAAAGCUGUCCGCAUCGCCGUCCGGGAGCGCAGAACUUCUCGCCAUCGCCCAGAAGAUCGGAGACGGAAGCAGAGAUGUUUCAUGGAGGCUGCCCCUGGGCCAGUCCGGGGUCUUGAGCUUCUUCAUUGGCAUUAUAGGAGGCCAGGACGUGCCGCAGAUGAUUACGGUUCACGCGCUGCGCGUCAUUGGCAAUUCGUGUGCAGACACGGAUGAGAACAGAGCCCGGGUGGUUGCGGCAAACUGCAUGCACAGGAUUGUCAACCUUCUCAACAACGACUCUAUCAUUGCCUUUGUUAUCCCGGUGCUCUUCAACAUUUGCGUUGACUACGAGCCCGCUCAGAUCGCCGCCUACAAGGCCGGCAUCAACCCUGAGCUUGUCACCCUGAUCUCCACCCCGGAGCGGCUCGCCAAUGCCAAUGCCUUCAUGAACAUCAUCUGCAAGCUGCUUGGCCUGGUCUCGCGCCAGGAGCCGGAGGCCAACUUUGUCCACCCUGCCACCCCUUUCAUCCUCCUGACGCUAGCCGCAACCCCUGAUGCCGACCUCGAGGACUUCCUGGCCCAGACGUCCGUCGCACUAACCUACCUCUCCAACCAAGUCUUCCAAGAUGCGUUUCUAAAGACCCCCAAAGCCGUUUCCCUGCUGCUGGAGGCCUUCUCCAAGGCGAGUGUCGCCUUUGACAUCAGCACAGGGGAUCCGGAUGAAGCCGCGCAGCUCAAGAAUGUCAAAUCCAUCUUCACACAGGCCCUAGCUGACGUCUCGGCCAACCCCCUAUUCGCCUCAGCCUGUCCGAUUGGCAGCGGCGAGGCUCAGACACUCCAGCGGUGGAUUGCAAACCCGUAUAUCGAGCUCCAGAGCGCAGCAUGUCUGGCACUGGGCAACCUCGCUCGCUCGGAUGAGGCAUGUGUCGCCUUCGUACAGAGCGCGUCGAUACAUCGGCCCUUGGUCGCAAUCUUAUCCAGUCCCUCCAAUACAGAUGCCCAGCUCUUGCACUCGGCCCUGAGCUUCCUUAAAAACCUAGCCAUCCCAGCACCGAAUAAAGCUAUCCUAGGCGAGGCGGGCAUUCUGGAGCCUCACGUACUUCCACGUCUCUGGGCCCUGGACACCCAGGUCCAAGUGCAGUUCACGUCUGUCUCACUGACGCGGCUCCUUCUGGUCUCCAGCCCCGAGAACGUGAAGAGAAUGUGCGCGCCUUUGAGCGCCGACCCUUCGUCGCCGGCGAAUGAACGAGACUACCUGCACAUUCUCAUCAGCCUGUUCCUACGCUCGGAUCAGGAACCUACGAAAACCGAGGCUGCGCGAGCCAUGGCUGCCGUUCUCCGCGUUCUGCACUCGACACCUGAUGCAUCAACUCUCCUCCCGACCCCGUCUCCCACUACGUCUCGGGCCGCGUCCCAGGCUUCUAUCGAGCACUCACCCACGUCCUCACCCAACUCCGUUCCGCAGCCCGCCUCUUCGAGCUUUACGGCCCCUACGGCCCUAGAGACCUUCUACGACAACCACGAUACCCUUCCCAGUGCCCUCAUCUACCUCGGCACGCAGAAGAAGUUCCCCGUCCUGCGGUCUGAUGUGUGGUUCGUCAUGGCGCUGAUGUCGCGGACUCCCUCGGGCGCCUCCAUCGUCGCCAGCUGUCUGCAGAACAUUGAGCUGCUGCGGGCCCUGCUCGAGACGGUGACGGGCCACGACAUGCUGGCCGGGCUGGAGGAGCUCGACACCAUCGCCGCCGGCAGCCCGGACAGCCAACAACUCGUCGCCGGGGCUCGCGCAGACAGCGCCGAGGCAGGCGUGCCUGGCAUGCUGCCGCAGGGCCUGGAGCCGCAGCAGGUCGACCCGGCCAGGAAGGCGGGCAUGGAGCGGGUGGACCGCGAGAACGGGCUCGUGCUCAUCGCCGAGCUGCUGCAGCGGUGUCCCGAGAAGCUGCGCGUGCUGCCGCUGGAGACGUUCCGCGAGAUCCUGCGGACCGGCGGCGAGCUGGUACUGAACGAUCGCGCCACCACCGCCGACGGCGAGGGUGGAGGCGGUGCGGCUUGA